GUCUGACUCGUCUGAGCCAAUUAUGCCCACAAGGAGAAAUACACAGGAAGAAUCAGAGUUUGUCUGCAGGACCUGCCCCUAGACAGGAGAGUGAAAUGCAUGAGUGCGAUAUGCUACAUUGCUAGCAAUAGUUUUUAAAUCACUUGUUUUGUUGUUUUAAUUUCAGUAACAUUUGACUGCAGACUCAUUAAAGGUUUGGCACAUUUUCAUAAAUUACUUCCUUUUUCUAGAGAUUCUUCUAUUUUUCCUUGAUGAGCAUGGCCUCCUGCAUCUGUUGCUGUUUUCCCUGUGAGUCAGAGUCUCCAAGCGAGAGAGAGCCCCUGAAUACACAGCGUUCUAGACAACAUCAUCAGGACACCAGACAAGAUCUCACAAGCAAAGGGGAGAUCUUCUUUAAACGGGUCAAUGUGCCUGACAUUGAUACAAUGUUUGCUGAUAUUGCCAAGACCUUCAACAAGAAGCAAGUGGAUUAUUUGGCUAUCAAAGAAGCCAUCCAGGGCCUGAAAGAGAUUUAUUCCUGUUCACCAGCAUGUAGUCUUUCUAUAUGCAUAGAGAAGAUACAGCAGAAAAACAGUGAUUUUGGUGUGCAGGUGCAUAUGGAGGGGUACAGGUUUUGGCUGACUACAAAGAAGAAAGAGGUGCCUGAGAAACUGGAACAAGCUCUGCGGCAGGUGGGGGAACUCAACCGUGCCACCAUAGGAGUCAUCAGUACAGAAACACAACUCCAGGAAAUGAUCUGCUCAGUGCUCCAGAGCCAGGAUAAGAUGGAAGAGAGAGUAAAAGAUGCAAACCUCGAGUACCUCGAUUGGAUCCGGCUACACGGCAACCUGAGAGAAAAUAUUGACAAAAUAAGUCUGGUCAAACAGCAGUCAAAGAAAUAUGUGGAAGAAGCCAAUAUUGUGCUGAGUGAAAUGUCCAAAUCUGCAAACUUGACUUUCUAAAAAAUAGUGGAGAAUUAUAUUGCCCUUUCAUAACCAACAAUGAAUUAAGGGGCUUGCUCUGGAAAAUCUCCUUAGGUAAUUUGAUAUACUGGCUAUAUCAAAAUUAAAACUAGCAUCAAGAUUUUUGGGAGGACAAUCUGAUAUACUCACAUCAGCAAAACAGUGAAAAGAAAAUCCCAAAUUUGGAUUACAUCUUGAUUACCCAGAGAAUCACAACUUAUCUCCAUUUGAUAGCUUUCAAUGUUUAGUAAAUGGCAAGAAUUAAGCAUCAUCCAUUCUAGACAGGUGACAAUUAACUUUCUGAAUCACAUCCACUUUUAGCAGUGAAUAUACGCAUUGGAAAGGCAGCUUCCAAAGCCAUUUUCUAGAAGCUAGAGUAUGACUAUACAGUGGAACCUCGGUUUUCGUUGGUAAUCCGUCUGAAAAGAACCGAAACUGAUGAAAACCGAGGCAAACUUUUCCUUAGGAAUCAAUGUAAAUCCAAUUAAUCCGU